CAGAAGCAAGGCGUGCACCGGAAAUGACGCUGAACUAGCUUACGCGACAUGGCGGGAAGUUGGAACUGCUUCCAAAAUAAGCCCACUUCAGUUUGGACGGAAUAACCAAUAUAAGAAGAUGGACACAGAGUGCUUGCCGUCAGCGGUUAUCGCCCGUGUUUUCUGAUGCCUUUCCAGCAUGGCUGACCGGAGUCUUCCUCGGGAAAUUAAGCGGUGGGCUACAGAGGAGUUUAAUCUGCCAUCGAAAUACCUCCUUCCUGACAAUUUAAAAACGCUGUGCCUUGGACGGGGUUCCUCUAUUUGGGAAUAUGUCAUUCAACAUGUUUACAACCAGAGAAAUGUCAGAAUUAUGCGUGGGAAUCUGCAAUGGUACAAAUCACUGCAGGAUAAUGAGGUGCAGCGAGUGGAGGGACUGAGCGAGGUGGCCAAGAAAGAGAGGCUGAAGAAGGAUAUUGAGGAGCUGAGAGCAGAGCUUAAUCAGCUGGAUGCCCAGAUUAGCAUAGAUGAGGCUCAGCUUGAGGCUGAGGAGAGGUGCAUUGGCCGCAGCUGGGACAGUGACAGGGACAGCCGCCAGAGGGAUAUUCUGCUGCAGGCGGCCAGGCAGCGCUGUUCUGACGAGCGCCGCUCGGUGGACCAGGACUGCCGCAGACUCAAUGGCCACUGCCAGACCCUGAGCCGGCUCUCCAGGAAGGCAGAAGUGGAGUUGGUGUUCGGGGGCGAUGACAGUAGCAGUGACAGCCUGAGCUCUUUGGGGCCAGAGCCUCAGGUUCUUCGUGCGGUGAGGAAGCUGGUUGAGGAGAGGGUGAGCUUCUUCUGCUCUCUGCUGGAGAGUGAGCUCAAGAGGGUGCCUUCUUCAGCUGUACACAUGUCCCGUGAGCAGAGGGGGGUGGUUUUCCAGCACUGGCUGAGCGCUGUGGAGGACCUGCUGCAGUCUCAUCCUCCUAGCCAUUUGCUGUCUGCCUUGCAACACCUGGCCUCCCACCAGCAGGUGGCCCUGCAGGAGAAGCAGGCUACUUUAGAUGUCGGACAGGAGGUGGCUGCACUCGGGUAUCACUACAAGAGCUCUAGCCUGCAGGGGAUCUCAGGGCAGGAUGAAGAAUUGCCAUCAGUGAGGUCUCUGUUGCAGUCGGGCUGGCAGGAUGUGGAGCAAAUCUUCGUACAGCAGGCGCUGACCCAGGUCCGGUUUCGGCAGCUGAAGACCCAGCUAGAUGCCCGCAAGAAGGAGGCGGCGCUGGACCUGCUGGGCGGUGAAGGCCAGACUGAGGCGCUGGCAGAGGCGGCAUUUGAGGUGGAGCUGCAGUGCGUGAUGAAGGCUGCAUUACGGGACAGCGUGCUAAGCCAGUGCGAGCAGCUGGAGGAGCAGGUCCGGCGCAGGCAGGACGCCGUCCACGGUCUGCGCAGUCGGUGGCAAAGCAUCAUGGACUUCAGGCAACUUGUGGACAACAAGCAGGAGCAAAUUAGGGGACUGAUCAAGGGGAACUCUGCAGCCAAGACCGCAGUGUCUCGUGUCCACGCUGAGGUUGGGCACUUUGCGCAGCGUAAAGUGGCUCCCUUGUGCCAAAGCGUGCUGGAUGCGGCGGGGAACCUGCGGAACACGGUGUCCCAGGGGGUCCGGCAGAUGGCAGGAGUGUCACUGGCAGCUCUCGAUGCCAGGACGCUCGACGGUGUGCAACGUGUCCCAGCUGAGUGGCUCUCAAUUCACCGCCUCCAUUCCGGAACCUUCCAUAGCCUUUGCCAGAACCUGGCUUUCCCGAUGUACAAAGCUCCGGAGCAGCUCUGUGCCCAGGCUGUUUCCCAGCAGCUGCGGCUGCGAUUCCUGCAUCGGCUGCUCCAGCUGUACUCGGCCUCACAGACUGACCUGCAAAACCAGAGGGCUCAGCAGCGUGCCCCCGACCUUACGGCCCUCUUGCUGCAGGUGCGGGAGCUGGAUGAAGAGCUGCUCCAGUCUGUCUUGCCUCAGGUCCAACAGUUGAGCCAGAGGACCUCCCAGGCGUUGCUGUUUGCAGCUGAAGUGAAAACUGCCAUUGGCCACUGGUGGGAGCAGCCAGCGCAGUUUGCCCUGCCGGAGAUGACGACAGGGGGUCUGACUCUGCAGCAGUGGCUCCAGCGAUGGAGGCUUGCGGCCAAAGCCCUUGAAUAAGUCCCCGUCCAUGGCCGGCUAGACGUGGACAGGCCAAAAUUUGCUUCAGCUCCUGCAGACAUCAUAGCAGAAUGCUAUUGGAGUGUUGAGUUCAUAAUGCUUCUUGGUGUUAGCUGUGUGCAAAAUGUUUAUUUCCCAUUUCCUCACUUUUGAAUAAAAUUAAUCAAAUGAAA